UCCUCAUUUCGACCCACUUUAAAACCGCCGGGCAGCUUCAGAGCCGCUGUGAGUCGGAGAGAAACGGGCAGUGUGGCUGCUCCGUCCACGGCCGUUCAGAGGAGAGACAGAGACAGAGACAGAGUCUGGAGGAGUGCGAGGACAUCUCUCCAUUCCACAGUGCGCGGUGUGGCGGAAUAUCACAGGAACAAAAAGAAGAACCUUCUUAGGGAUUUCUGGGGAACUUUUGACGAAGACUAGCUUCUAGAAUAUUUUGUGUGAAGGCAUGGAUCCGGUGCCGGCUGAGAUGAAUGCGAUUCCCAACGGGAAAGGCCAUGAAGCAGCAGAUGACACCUCCGCCACGCUCACGCCCACCAAGACUGGAUCGGACGACACGGCUCAGGAACUCGUACCAAAUAGCACAGAGAAUGCCAGUCCCGGAAGACCUACGGGAGAUACGGAGGCAAACCUGGCGGAGAGUUCAGAGUUUCUCUCCAACGCCGACGACAAGAAAACACCACAUUUCACAGACUUUGAGGGGAAGACCUCUUUUGGGAUGUCAGUCUUCAACCUGGGAAAUGCCAUCAUGGGCAGUGGAAUUCUGGGAUUGGCGUACGCCAUGGCUAACACCGGCAUCGUCCUGUUCCUGAUUCUCCUCACGGUCGUGGCGUGUCUCUCAGCUUACUCCAUCCACCUGCUGCUCAAAUCCUCCGGCAUCGUAGGCAUCAGGGCGUAUGAGCAGUUGGGUUAUCGGGCCUUUGGAACGCCGGGAAAAAUGGCUGCGGGCAUCGCAAUCACACUGCAGAAUAUUGGAGCAAUGUCCAGCUAUUUGUAUAUAGUGAAAUACGAGUUUCCGCUGGUAAUACAGGCCUUUCUCAGGGUGGACACACCAUCAGGAGAGUGGUAUCUGGAUGGUAAUUAUCUGGUGAUGAUUGUCUCCGUCUGUAUUAUUCUUCCUCUGGCUCUGAUGAAGCAGCUGGGCUAUCUGGGCUACACCAGCGGUUUUUCUUUGAGCUGCAUGGUCUUCUUCCUUAUCUCGGUGAUUUAUAAGAAGUUCCAAGUGAAAUGUCCAUUUGGAGAAUUUGACAACCGGACACUGGAUUUGAACAACAGUGUUGACCACAGCGACUGCACCCCCCGCAUGUUCAACCUCAAACUCCAGACAGCCUACACUAUUCCCAUCCUGGCCUUUGCGUUCGUGUGUCACCCGGAGGUGCUGCCGAUUUACACUGAGCUGCGCAACCCCACCAAGAAAAAGAUGCAGCAUGUGUCCAACAUCUCCAUCGCUGUCAUGUACGUCAUGUACUUCCUGGCUGCGCUGUUCGGAUAUCUGACCUUCUACGAUAAUGUGGAGGCUGAGUUGUUACACACCUACAGCAAGGUCGACCGGUAUGACACUCUGAUCCUGUGUGUACGUGUGGCUGUGCUGACUGCCGUCACGCUCACCGUCCCCAUCGUUCUGUUUCCUGUGAGGAGAGCCAUCCAGCAGCUUUUCUUCCCCAAUAAAACGUUCUGGUGGCCGAGACACAUCGCCAUCGCCAUCAUCCUUCUCACCACCAUAAACAUGCUGGUCAUCUUCGCCCCCAACAUCCUGGGCAUCUUUGGAGUCAUAGGUGCUACUUCGGCCCCGUGUCUCAUCUUCAUCUUCCCGGCCGUUUUCUACAUCCGGAUCAUUCCCAAAGAAGAAGAGCCCAUGCGCUCGGCUCCAAAAAUCCUGGCUGCCUGUUUUGCCGGGCUGGGUGUAUUGUUUAUGAUAAUGAGUCUGAGCUUCAUCAUCAUUGAUUGGACAUCGGGGAGCAGCAACGCAAGCAGUGGGCACUAAGCCCCCCCUGCUUUUCUUUGUUUGUUUAAUAAGCGCCGUUGUGUAUUUUUAUGUCCUGUUCAGUCCGGGGUCAGAAAUGGUAGAGCGCGCUUAAUCUCUCAGCGCAACGUCAGUGUCUGGCACACUCAGUAUCAUAAAGCCUGCAGGCUCACCCUUAAAGUUACAUAAAGAUACAUAAAGAAGAAGAAAAACGCACCACCCUAAAACUGACCAUCUGCGCCGCCUCUGUGGUCUGUCGGACGCAGAGACCUCACUAGAGUAUCAGCGGGGAACUGGAAGUUCCACAGAAUGACCCACAGUGGGCACAGUGACUCAUAGUGACGCAGAUGCAGUAGCGAUGGGCAGUGCUGCUGAGAGAUUAUGCAUUCUCACCAAACUGACCCCAAACAGCCAACCCUCCCAUCCUCGUCCACUUUCACAGAUUUAUUUGAAGUGACCUCUAUGACCCCAGACUGGCAUCAUUAAAGUAGUUCUUUUGUUUUGUUUUUUUGUCAUUUUGAGGGGUCGGGGGUGGCUGGAAAUGACCUCUUCGUGCUUCUUCUACAAAUAUGUUCUUAGCAACUGUUGCUAGGUUGGGCAAGCUGUACAGAACCUACAUCAUGCACAUCAUUUUUGCUGCAAUAACUUUUAAUAAAGUGUCAAUAUUCA